UUGACGACGGUUUAGGAAGCAGCUGGUACUGCUGACUGUGACGCUCACCUAACACAGGCGCUGUCGCUCAUACUCGCCAUGGUGUUGUUCAAGGGCGUAGUGGCCUGGGUGACGCUGACGGCACACCUUACUGUGGCACAGAACCUCACACCCACCACCACGCUCACUAACCACCAGAUCUUUGUGUUGGACCCCACACACAUCUUGAACAUCACUUCAGCUCCGCCCUAUGUUCUACUGCUUCGGAUACCCCCGCCUACCCAUCACAUCUCUCCUGACAUACCCCAGCCUUCUACUGCCAGGAGUUCCCCAACCACACCUACCCCUGCCACCACGACAGCUUCAACCCACGUCAAUCAUGAUCCCGCAACCACCACUCUACCUUCCUCUACCACAACUGCAGUUACUUAUAUUAUAAAUCUUCCUUCCACCAUCAGGGGUCAAGUUAAGAAUAGUAGCGAACACUCUCCUCGUGUCAACAGUCCGCCGCCCACCACCACCACUCACCGAGCCAUCAGCACCUCGUCAUCUUCAGGCACGCCAUCUUUUGGUGGUGUCAGUCAUUCGUUACGCAAAAUUCGACCAGCUCUACCUAUCAAUCAGCGCUUGUUAUCUUUUCCGAGAGAACCCAUUCCACUCACCCGGCUGCCACCUAGACGAGGAUCAGAAGCUGUCACUCAGCCCACAUCUAAUGGGACUCCCUUAACUCUCUCACGCACCGCUCAAGGAUCUUCCCUCACUCUCCAUAGCACUGCUCCCAAGUACACAAGGAUAACUACACAACUCUCCAACAGAAUUAAGAAAGCGGUCCCCGCAGGAACUAAGAAGUAUAAAUCAAACAAAUACAGCGGCAGCAAAACAGGAGCGUGGAGGUGGACGAUGCCGGGAGCUGAGGAAGUCGUUGCACGUCGCCUCGCUACCCUUACCCGUGUGAAGGCUUCAAGACCGCGAUACAGACUGACAUCGAACACGGAUUCCCCCUCGACAACUACAACCACAUCUAUACCAGUUGCAGUGUCUGCCCGAAACCCCUGGGAAAUUGCUACAACAACUGCAAAGUCUGCAGCUUCUCACGCUGCCCCGAAACUUGAUGACAAUGUAACCACCCUGGGACUGGAUGUCAGGAUAGUCAGCCCGAUAUUGGAUGACAGGAUAGCCGCCCCGAAAUUGGACGGCAGGAUAGCCACUCCAAGACUGGAUGGCAGAAAAGUCACCCCAAGGCUGGACAAGACAUCCGCCUCAAAUCUGGAUGACAGUAUAGCCGCGAUGUUCAGAAGAAUCACUCUUGCAGCAAUGAGGGAAGUAAAAGCAGCUGCAGAGUUCUCCAUAAAGAGUAGCCGAGGGACGGGAGUGUAGCCAGGGUAAUGGUGACAUAAGAACAUACGAAUAGAGGAAACUGCAGCGGGCCUGUUGGCCCAUACUGGGCAAUCUCAUUUACACGCA